GCAAACUUCGUGUAUAUUUGAACACAAGGCAGAUCUGUAACAGAUAAGUGUUUGAACAAAUGCACAAAUUUGUCGACGCUCCCGAAGCUUUAAAAGUCAAUUAGAGUAAAGCAGCAGAUGGUGCCUGAGAUGAAAACGUUCAUCUUUCUGCAUUAUGUCCCAGUAAUCCAAUCCUACUAGAUGCAACUUUUGAGAGACUGCAGGGGGAAAAAGCGGUUUGGCGAAGGCCCCGCGAUCUGUUGAAUGUAGAGUUUGUUUGAGGGGUGAGAAAAUAUGUCAUUUCGGAGUCGUGGUUUAUUCCAACGUAAGAGCGCGCGCACCAAUGAGCGGCUUGGACGCUCCACCCUACCUGCCUCCUCUCCGCCCCCCCUUUUCCAUCCACAUACUCACUGCCGAACGCGACCUGCCGCCUGCCACAUCUGGAGCCGCUGCCCCGCGCUGUAAACUCCAACUUUUCGCAUUGAAUCCGCGCAAAAACACUCAGGCGUCGGUCCGCGUGAGCGGUGCCGCGCUCCCGCUAGUAAGUAGAGAUUCUUGAAGCCAACUUGGCGUUUGUCGCCGUCUCUGCGCUUUUUUUUUUUUUCGUUUAACAUCACCGUUGGUAAACAGAGUGUGUAUGAGACUUUCAUACAUUCGCGUUGUAUCGCGUUGCGGGCGGCACAAAUGACACGUUUCCACGCCGCGUCUCCGCGAGCGCGUAAAGGAGACGCGUGACCGGCACCGCUCCGACUCCGUUAAUCCGCGUAAAUUAUGGGAAGGGAUCUGUAGAAAAGUUUGCAGCUCUGCGCGCUCUGCUCUGUCAGAGGACCGCUAUUUACUGCGAAGCGUUAACAGUGACGCGGUCUUCGGCUCUGACGAACUGCCGUGCGGCGGUGGCGACAUGAGUCAGACGGAAUCAAAUAGUGAAAUUCAACAGCGGCUGGUGAUGGAGUGAUGCGUUUUGGCAGCGACCUAAGAUUUGGAGCCGGGGACUGGAAUAAGCUUUAAGGCGCACGGCUCCAUACUGAAGUGUUUAAGUUAGUCUGAGGGGAAAUUUAAAAGACCUAAAAAUACAGCGUUGGUUUCUUCCCUACAAAGAAUCAUUUGAACUUCCCACCGCAGAGCCAGAGCGACAUAAAUAGUUCUGACAUGUGGAUGUAAUUUCAGAAGGGGGAAAAAAGGCAGAUGCGGGGAAAUAAAGCGAGUGGGCUGAGCCUCCGUGUGUAGUAGAUUAGAGGAAAUUAAAUCGAGGGCAGAGCGGGACGAUUACAGAGUUAUGAUUUCACGAGCCACCGUGAGCAGCCGCGGGUCAGACGGAGAGAACGGGCGUCGCUCCGACGAGAGUUACGUCCGUUGAGUCGUUUUCUGCCCGAGCGUCACCUGCGUCUGUUCGACCCCGUGCGAGGACUCCUGGAGGCGGAGUCGCCUCGGGUCGGGCAUGGGAUCCGCUCACCUGCUCCGCCACCUGGACUUGCUUCUCGUCCCUCUGCUCGGCUGCGUCUGCCUGGUGUUUGCAGAUGAUGUGCUGACAAAGGAUGAGCAGAUCGGCCUGCUGCUGAAAGCCAGAAGGAAGUGUGAGGGAAACAUCAAGUCAGGGACCAGGAUUCCUGAUGGAUACUGCUCCCCAGAAUGGGAUGGCAUCGUUUGCUGGCCCGAGGGGCCUCCAGGAAGGCUUGUGUCCACUGCCUGUCCAGAGUACAUCUAUGACUUCAACCAUAAAGGACUAGCAUACCGGCGGUGUGACAACAACGGAACAUGGGAACUGACCACAUCCAACAAGACGUGGGCCAAUUAUAGCGAAUGUGCGAAGUUCCUGUAUGACAACAACGUCAAUAAAGAGGAGGUCUUUCACCGCCUGUAUCUCAUCUACACCGUGGGCUACUCCAUUUCCCUGGGCUCGCUCAUGGUCGCCGUCAUGAUCCUGGGAUAUUUCCGACGUUUGCACUGCACAAGGAACUACAUCCACAUGCACCUCUUUGUGUCCUACAUGCUACGAGCUAUAAGCAUUUUCGUGAAGGAUAUCGUGCUCUAUUCUGGAUCAUCUUUGGAGAUGGAAAGAGUCACGGUGAAAGACCUCAUGUCUAUCACGGACAUCUCACCAACCAACAGAGCAGAGCUUAUUGGCUGCAAGAUGGUUGUGACCCUGUUCCUGUAUUUCCUGGCAACCAAUUACUACUGGAUCCUUGUUGAGGGUCUCUACCUCCACAGCCUCAUCUUCAUGACCUUCUUCUCGGACAGAAAGUAUUUGUGGGGAUUUACUCUGAUUGGGUGGGGGGUCCCAGCUAUGUUCGUCGCACUCUGGGUAACCGUGAGGGCCAUUUUCGCAGAUUCAGCGUGUUGGGACUUAAGUGCAUGGCAUCUGAAAUGGAUCUAUCAAGUGCCUAUCCUGGUGGCUGUGGUGGUUAAUUUCCUCCUAUUUCUGAACAUCAUUCGAGUCUUGGCAACUAAGCUGCGGGAAACGAAUGCAGGGCGGUGUGACACAAGACAGCAGUACAGGAAACUUUUAAAGUCCACGCUGGUGCUGAUGCCACUGUUUGGUGUCCACUACAUCAUAUUCAGCGCCAUGCCUUAUACACCGGUGUUUGAAUUGCCCUGGCUGAUCCAGAUGCACUACGAGAUGCUGUUUAACUCCUUCCAGGGAUUCUUAGUUGCAAUCAUAUACUGCUUCUGCAACGGGGAGGUGCAAGCUGAGAUCAAGAAGUCCUGGAGCAGGAGGACUCUGGCUCUGGACUUCAAAAGAAAGGCUCGGAGCGGCAGCAACACGUACAGCUAUGGACCUAUGGUGUCGCACACCAGCGUGACCAACGUCACUGCCAGAGGGCCUCUGGCUCUUCACCUCACCACGCGGCUGGGACCCGCGCCCGUCAACGGGCACCGCAACCUCCCGGGCUACGUCAAGAACGGCUCCAUCUCGGAGAACUCCAUGCCUUCGUCGGCGCAGGAGCUCCACAUGCCGGAGGAGGAGCCGCCGGGCAGCGCGCGGCCGUGCGAGGAGGAGAAACCCUCGCCCGUGGUGGAGGAGGAGAGGGAGACGGUCAUGUGACCUCCAGGUGGAGACUGGAAGCGCCAGCGAUACGGUCUCACGGCGGUGGGAACGGGACGGCGGCGAGAAGCCACGCCGCCGGUUUUUCUCCUGUGAACCCAGCGGGAGCGUGGCUCGCAUGAGGCUCCGCAUCACCUUUAUGAGCCGGGUGCCUUUGGUGGAGGACUCAGGCAAAGGCCUUUGACUCUUUCAACAACUAAGCUCCACGGUGAAUGUGUAAGAGGCUGGAAACGGACAUAUCUCAGCUCCACUGCCAUACAGUAACUGUUCUCAUUUUUUGUGUUUGCUUUGUUGGCAAAUGUCCAAUAAACUUAUGUUAAUCAGUUUCAGGAGGUACAGAGCAGCCUUAGUCGCCCGUGUAAAGCCAGAAGGAGUGAAUCGUCAGGUCCAGUUCACUGUACUCACUUAAAAGAACUGCAACUGUUCGGAGGCAUUGGCUCCAACUGUCUGGGACGUUAUUGUUUCUGCGUUAACUUAAAUCCACUUCAGUGUUAAAGGGAAGAUACUCAGGUAAUUGAAGUUGUGCACACCUCCGUUGGUGCACACAUAUUUUUUUAUAGCUUUUAAAGUGGUGUUUCAGCCCGGUCACCACUUCUCUAUAGGAUUAGGAAGUCUUACACAUGUACGGUUUCUCCUGUUUAUAUAGAUCCGGUAUUUGUGUCUUUAAUUACAACAAAGUUCAAAAAACGCUCUAAUGAAUGUUUCGUGUUCAGGUUUUCUCACUUUCUUUGCGUUGGGGUUUAGUUGAGGCGCAUUCAUGGAAACCUGACAGGAAUCCAGUCCUUUCCCCAGUGUUUUAAAAAGGGAGAGGCCUCGUUUAAAUUCACACUGUGCAGGAAUAGCGAUCACACAUUCCAGUAAAAGUUAAUUAAAAUAGGAAUCUAAUAAAAAGUCAAAUUACCCUGGAAUUCCAAGAGUGACAGAUGUGAAGGAAAACCCGCAAAUGGGUAACAGACAGUAGAAACGGACCAGUGUUAUGCUGCUUUUUCAUGUGUAUAUAAGUCACAAUGUUUACAAAGAUCUGAUACACAUUCUAAUAGUGUUUAUGUAUAAUAAUAUGUUAUAAAGCAGUUUUAAUGUAGAUAUGUUCCAUGUGUGAAUGUUUGCAGUAUUGAAUCUUGUAAAUAGUCCUAAAUCAAACUGGUGAAGACAUUUACGUAUGAGCAUAUGGGCAUUUAAACCAGCAGUUCAGCAUCCAUGUGAUAUUUAAUGCGCGGAACCUGCACUGUUGGCAGGUGAGGUCAUAAUGUGUUAAACCAAAGAGCAUUGGUGUGAUGUGCUGCCAGACAAGUGGUUUAUUUUGCAGCAUCUUAAGGAAUGGAAAGCUAAUGGUCUUUAAAACCUCCAUUUGGAUUUUGUUUUUCUUUUUGCUUAACCUGCGGUUUUUAGUUUUUAAUUUGUCUUGGACUCGUAUGUCUGAUUUAUGAUCACCUGGGUUAUAUGAGAAGCAGCUCAAUGGACUUUCGUCUCACAUUCAUUUAAAUGACACCAAAGCUAAUAUUUGCCCGUCCUUCUAUUAAUGGUGUCUGCUUCUGACCACUUCACACUAAAUGAACAUUCAUGCCUGUUGUCAGAGCCUUUACCUUCGUGCUGCUCAAUAUUGAGAUUGAUCCAGUUUGAGUCUUUCCAGCACAGUAGAGAUUGAAGCCUUUUAUCAAAGGACAGACCUGGUGAUGUUCUGGUUUUAUUCACAUGGACAACAAAUCCCAUGAAAACUAAAGCUAGCAAUUUGACUGUGUUGUCAAGCUUAUUGUGCUGUACCGUAGCUCCCCAACAGUCAUUAAAACUGCUGAUGCCCUGGUUUAAUACGUGUAUCAAUCCACUGCUAAAAAUAGUCCCGAGCAAACGCAUGAUUUACUCUGUUUCAGUUUCAUUUGCUCAGUGUUAACCUUAGUGCUCAGGUGGUUCUGACCUAAUAAGUAUUUACUGUUUAGCAUGUCUUUAGUUUGUUAAUAACUGAGAACAAAAGAGACAUUGUGUGAACAUAUUAAAGAUGUGUUUUGCAAACCUAGCAAGAAAUUUUGAAAUCUCCAAAAGCCUCGUUUAAACCAGACGACUUCCUGCAGUGAAGCAUUUUGGUCUUUGGACCAAACCUGGACUUUUCUCUGGAGGCUGGUAUUGACUGUGACUAGAGAUGGAGUGGACUGACCACAGCAGUAAUUACAGUUGGCUGCACGAUGCAAAGCCUAAACAAAAUCUCCUCACAUCAUUAUAAGCGGUGAUAAGUACCUUCCUCUAUUUUAAAAUAUGUUUAUCAAAUUUUUAUUCGAGCACUUUAAUUACGUAUAAUACAACAGUUUAUUCUGCUUGUAGAAAUGAUUGUACUAUGAAAAUGGAGUGUACAAUACGCUGAGAAUCAUAGAGCUAAUGUCAUUGUUUUCAAAUACCUCUCAUGAAAUUCGAAAUGUGUUCAUUGUCUUUUUUUUUAUUUAUCUUGUGCCACAACAUACUCAGUGGCCUCGACAUGGGUGUUGAUGCUUUCGUGUUUUCUAAGGCCUCAUAGGCUGCAGGGCCGUUGUAGAUAUCCAUGUAAACUUGGAAUAAAAUAGGAAGAUGUUUCCUGGUC